AUGUUUAGGUUACAACCCCAAUUCCUCCCUGCAAAUUUUCGACAGCGUGAUAUACAGCCGUUAAAGUCUUUGUGUACCGCUGAUCAAAAUGCAGCCGGUCACGAGUCUUUUUCUAAUAAAAGCGCGUCAUACUCCGGUCCUAUUCUUCCCAACGGAGAAACCAGUUCCGAUAGACUCGCGAACGAGAACGCUUGGUCUCAAAAUGGAACCCUCCUAGGGUCAAAGCAGGAGCCCGUCUACGGGGCUCACGGGGAUUUAAUCGGCGACGAUGUCGUACGACGAGCCGACGCGGUUAGCUGCACUCUAGCCCAACUUAUAGAAGAUGAACAAGACAAUGGUCUGUGGCCGUUGGAACAUCCCUUACCUCUCCCGGGUUGGGAGGAGGAAUACAUCGUUCCUUAUAGAUUAAAGAACAUCAGGGAAUACGAAACGUUGGCGUGCGAAAUCGAGAUGCAACUACGCAAAGUCUUGGAAGAACACAAUUACGAUACCGUUGGCAAUUUUUUGAAAUUUUACGAAACGUUCCAAAAAAGCGGCAACGAUAACCUACUUGAGUUUUUCCAUCUAUAUUCCCCCCCGAUAACUUCGGAACAUUAUACUUGCGUUGGAUUGGCCUUCGAAUUGUGGAAUCGAUUGAGAUUCAAUUUGGAAAGUAAGUAUCCAGGUAUAGGUAACCAUAUUUGCGUGGUAUCUUGCGAGGAAGACGUCGAGAGUUCGAUCGGUUACACCAACACUUGUAGAUUCGAUCCCGGAUCCGUUCCGCACACCUUAGAAAAAGAACACGUGUUGAUGUGUUUGAAAGUGGAAUUUUCCGGAAGAACGGCGACCAUGUUGUGCGAUCCCGGAUAUCACGUUUCUAGAGUCGUCACCGUCAUGUCGGACGGCGCGUAUCCGCAUACAGGUUGGUUCAUACAAUCCGAAGACAACGAUAUCCGUAAAGAAUACAAUUACCAAUUCACUCCGCACACGCAUUUCGUCGAAUGGAACGAAAAAACGACGAGGAAAGGUAAAGAAGAAACUUUCGUCGGAAUCAUCUACGUCGGUAGACCCUAUUUGACCGCCGUCGAUGUCACCGAAAGAAGAAAUUUGGUUUACGGAUUCAGAAGUUUGUUAUCUAGGGAUCAAAAGGGCGAUUUAAUCGCCGGUAUUUAUUUCAAGUUAUUGAUGAACGGGGACGAAUUCACCAUCUUUUAUCAAAAUAUGGGCAAACAACGUAUAAAAUUAAAGUUUUCCGACUUUAUGAAACCGGAGGUCGACGAAGGAUUAUUAAACACUCUGUCGAUUUGUAACGAACAACUCAACUUACCGGAAAAUAAAUUAUUGAACAUUGUCAGGCAAUCUGGCAAAUUGAUGAGAGACACAAAAUUUCUUUUGCAGUUGUUGGACGUCGAUCGCUGUAUCAACUUGUUGUCCGCCAAUAAUUAAAUUUAUUUUUUCUUUUUUUUUUCGUAUAUAUUUUUAAUUAGGAUUUGUUAAAUAUUUUAAUCCCCUCUUCUUGCGUUCGGCUCAUUUUUCUUUUUAUUUUAUAUCAAAAUAUUUUUCUUCAUUAUUAUUAUUAUUAAUCGAAAUCAUAAACAUACUAAAAGAUUUUUAUCGGUGUAGGUAUGUGUGUGAUUUUGUCUAAUUUUCUUGGACUAAUAUGCAGUUAUUUUUUUUUUUUUCAAUAUUAAAAAUGCUUUUGACUACUGCAUGUUAGUCUAACUAUUAAAAAAUAUCUAAUUAUUAAUUCUAAGUAUAUUCGUAAAUCUUCUACACCUAUAAUCAGUAAGAUAACGCCAUUAAAAUUUAGUUUAUAUCAGGUAAAGGGGUUACAAAAUAGCCAGUUCAUCCUUUUUCAACAUUUAUCUUUAUUUCUAGUAAAAUAAAGAAAAAAAUUGAUUAUAUAUUUCAAGUCCUUCAAAUCCCAAAUUGUAUAGAAAUACGAUUUUAGAUAAAUCAGUUGGUAUUAUGUUUGGUAAUCUUAAAGGUCAUUCGAUAAUAACGAAAUCCCCGUUAUAUUACAGAUUGAUAAUUAUUAAUAUUUGAUAAGGCUUUAUAUUUAAUUAUGAUUAAUAAACAAUUUUAAAACAGCAAUUUAUUGAUUCACAUUUUACGUGCUUCUCAACAAAUAACGCACUUUAAUAAAUGCUACAUUUUGUUUUUAAAUUAUAAGUGAAUCGAUGUAUUUUUUAUUUUAUCACUACUUAAUAUAAAAUAAUUUUAUUGAAAAUUUUUCAUAAACCUCACGCUAUGCUUUUUUAGAUGUAUUUUAGAUAUUGUUCAAAUCAAAUUGUAGUUUAAACUAAUAAAAAUGUGAAAUUUA